UAACCAUGUUUCUUAUCCUCACCAGUCACCAACCUUACUUGCCAAGAUAUCAUUUCCUAAUUUUUUCCUAACCCUUACCCAACACUCAUUUUCAUUCCAAAACGACGCCACUUCUUCUGAUUCAGUGAUGGAAGAAGAAACUACCGCCACCACGAGGCAGCUGCGACCAACCACCUCCACCGGAACCCUAACACUUGCAGCCAAGAAGUUCCUCCGCAAGUUGUGGAAUUAUCUGAUUUCAAACACCAAGAGGAAGCAGCCGGUGGCUCAACUUCCGUUGGAUGUCGUGGCUGAAAUCCUGUGCAGACUCCCUGUCAAGUGUCUCUUACGAUUCCGCUGCGUCUGCAAGUUGUGGAAUUCUCUCAUCUCAAUUGAUAGAAGUUUUGCAAAUAAACACCUUAGAGUGUCAACCAAACGCCACCAUGUCGUCACAAGCUCAUUGAACUACCCACCAAAGUUAACUGUAAUGUCUUACCCAUUGGACUCUUUUCAACUCAACUCUAGUUUCACCUCUGAUGCCACGUUCUCCUUUGAUCACUCUUUCCUUUAUCAACUAAAUACUACGUUCUAUAGCCGCAUUCUCGUUGGUUCUUGUGACGGUCUCCCUUGUUUCGCUAUUGGUGAACAUAUCACCGUUAUUUGGAAUCCUUCAACUAGAAAAUUAAAGAAACUACCGUCUUCAAAAAUUCCACAAAAAAAAGAUGCAAUUGGCAAUAAUAGUUUUACUAACUAUGCUUUUGGCUAUGAUCCUUUCAUUGAUAAUUACAAGAUUGUUUCUGUUUUUUGCUAUGAUUCUCAAUAUGUUGGCAAUCGCAUGAAGAGUUGCAAAACUCAAGUUCAAGUUCACACUUUGGGUACAGAUUCAUGGAGACGGAUUUCGGAUUUCCCUUCUACAAUGGUCCCUCGUGGUCGUAAUGAAUCAGGAAUAAUCGUCAGCGGCACAGUAAAUUGGUUUGUAUAUUCUAUUGUGUCUCCUAGGCGUGCCAUUGUUUCUUUUGAUUUAGGGAAAGAGUGUUACCAAGAGAUUUCAGAGCCUAACCACGGAAUUAAUGCCGGUUUACUCGACCUUGGGUAUGAUAAGGGAUUGCUUGUGCAUAUUUUCUCAUUCAGAAUAUUUUACUGAUGUUUGGCUUAUGAAAGAAUACGGAAAUAAAGAGUCUUGGAUGAAAUUGAUCCGCCUUCCUAUCUUUGAUGAUCAUGGUAACUAUGUUGACAAUCCGAAGAUACUAUACAUUUCUGAGGAUGACAACCAUGUACUUCUCUUGUUAAAAGAGAAUCCUAAAUGUAGCUGGCUUGUUUAUGAUGCUAGAAAUGAUACUAAAAAGAUUUUUGAGACUCAAGUCCGCACAUAUGCAGAAUCAACAGUCUACGUUGAGAGUUUGGUAUCGCCUUGAUUUUAAUACUAGGACUUGGAUGUAGAUGUUGUGAUAUAUCAUUUGAGUGAGUUUCAA